CGCGCGCGCGCUCCCCCCGCUCCUUCUGAAGCUCCAGAACCAAACUGAGCCUCUCCAGCAAUUUCCCACCGAGGAGACCCUCCGUUCCUAUGUGUAAUCAAAGGUCAAAAAGCACCCCGGAUGCCACCCCGCCUGUGUUCCUCGGUGCUGCAGCGGCUUGCAUCGCUUCCACUUUGACCUCAGAGUUCAUCUGCAUUCAGGCAGAGGCUCCGGGGAUUCGCUUUCCCGUUUUUUUUUUUUUUUUCCCAACCCGAGGGAUCCAGGGGGGUGGGGGGAUUCGUGAGCCUGUGCCAGGGUGUGGAGCGUGUGUGGAUGGGUGUGUGCGGUUCUCCCCCCCACCCCCCUCGGCUAGCUCCAUGAGCUUUUCUCCCCCUUCUUUCUUCUCAAUUAUAUUACUCCCCGCGCUCUGCAAGCCGCUGCCUGCUGCCUGAGCUGACGUUUUGAUUGUAUCUGCAAGGGUUGUGCCGAUGUGAAAUCUGCCCCCUGAAUAUUAAUUCCCGCAGCUGGGCGCGAUGGAUCAUCCCACGGGCGGGACCCGCUAGGGUGGGGGUUGGGGGGGGCGCCGCCGAAAUAAUCCCAAUAAUAAUAAUAACAAUCAUAAAGAAGAGCGCGAUCUGCCCGCCAGGACCAAAGAAAGAGAAGAAGAAGAAGAAGAAGAAGAAGAAGAAGAAGAAGAAAAAAGAUGAGUUCUUCAGUUGCACCCAAUCCGAGGAGCUCGGCCCUCUCGACUCCUGCAUUGUCCCUGAAAAUGAUGCUCUGGGUACUGAUCUUGUUCUCGCUCAACCGGGGCAGCUCCAGCCAAAAGGCAGAUGAUGAUUAUGAGGAUUACACUACUAACAAAACAUGGGUCUUGACACCUAAGGUCCAAGAAAGUGAUGUCACUUAUAUUUUAAAUGGUCUUCUGGAGGGAUAUGACAAUAAGCUAAGACCUGACAUAGGAGUGAAACCAACAUUAAUUCACACUGACAUGUAUGUAAAUAGCAUCGGCCCAGUGAAUGCUAUCAAUAUGGAAUAUACAAUUGAUAUAUUUUUUGCCCAAACCUGGUAUGACAGACGUCUGAAAUUUAACAGCACUAUAAAAGUCCUCAGGUUAAAUAGCAACAUGGUGGGGAAAAUCUGGAUUCCGGACACCUUUUUUAGAAACUCCAAGAAAGCUGAUGCUCACUGGAUCACAACGCCAAAUCGGAUGUUAAGAAUCUGGAAUGAUGGCAGAGUUUUAUACACACUAAGAUUAACUAUAGAUGCUGAAUGUCAGUUACAGUUGCAUAACUUUCCAAUGGAUGAACAUUCCUGCCCACUGGAAUUCUCAAGCUAUGGAUACCCGAGGGAAGAAAUAAUUUAUCAGUGGAAGCGUAGUUCUGUUGAAGUAGGAGACACAAGGUCAUGGAGACUUUAUCAGUUUUCAUUUGUUGGACUGAGAAAUACUACUGAGGUAGUGAAAACAACUUCAGGUGAUUAUGUAGUAAUGUCAGUUUACUUUGAUCUGAGCCGAAGAAUGGGUUAUUUCACUAUCCAAACUUACAUCCCUUGCACACUAAUUGUUGUGCUAUCCUGGGUAUCUUUCUGGAUCAACAAGGAUGCAGUUCCUGCCAGAACCUCUUUAGGUAUUACAACUGUCCUGACAAUGACUACACUAAGUACAAUUGCCCGUAAAUCUCUCCCCAAGGUCUCCUAUGUGACAGCAAUGGAUCUUUUUGUGUCGGUUUGCUUUAUUUUUGUUUUCUCCGCCCUGGUGGAAUAUGGCACCCUGCAUUACUUCGUCAGCAACCGAAAACCAAGUAAAGAUAAAGACAAAAAGAAGAAAAAUCCACUUCUUCGGAUGUUUUCCUUCAAGGCACCAACAAUUGACAUUCGACCCAGAUCAGCUACUAUUCAAAUGAACAAUGCCACGCACCUUCAAAACCGAGAUGAAGAGUAUGGAUAUGAGUGUCUUGAUGGCAAGGACUGUGCCAGUUUCUUCUGCUGUUUUGAAGAUUGCCGAACAGGGGCAUGGAGGCAUGGAAGAAUACAUAUCCGCAUUGCCAAAAUGGACUCCUAUGCCCGGAUCUUCUUUCCUACCGCAUUCUGUUUGUUCAACCUGGUUUACUGGGUCUCCUACCUUUACCUUUAAAACCUGAAAUGGAGCAGUGACAUGGGCCUUACUUGGUGAAUUCCAUGGGGAAAUGAUUCCCUUUUUUAGUCCACUUAAAGAAUCUCUGACACGCUUUUCAAAUGUUCUGAAUUCUUUAGUGCCAAUAAGCCAGUAAUACUGAUCAUACCAUAUUGUUUGUCCCCAACUCUCCUUUGGUUAUCGUGAUUUGAGCGUUACCAUUUUAAUAUGUUUGAAACCUGUGAUUCAAAGCUAUAUAUAUAUAUAUAUAUAAAAUGAAACCAAACAAGUACCAUGCAGUUAUAUCAGUUGGAACAGAAAUACGUGUGUAGCAAAAGGGGGGAAAAUUGAGAACUUUUCUCUGUAGGGGAGUUUGACUCUUCCAUCAGAAAAAUACAUGCUGAAAUUUAAAGGGAUGUAUGAAGUGUUCACUUGGAGUAAAGGUAGAGUCAAUCUUUAUUCCAUUCAGGAACUUGUAAGGGUUCUCUCAUUUCUAAUAAAUGUUACUAGGCUUGACAAGUAUCCCUCCUUGUUAAAUCCCCCAAGUUGAAGUAGAAAGUUACCAUGCUAAACUUUUAAGAGCACAUGUAAUAUGUUGUAAAUACAGUAUUUAAAUUCCUUGUAGUGCUGAAGAGUAGUGCAUGCAUCAUUUGGGGGCCAAAAUAAAUGAAGCAAGGGUACCAUUAAGUAUUGUCUUUUAUUUUGUGUCUUGGGCUAAACUGUUGUAACUGAAAUGUGUGGAUUAAAAUCAAAAAGAUUAUUUCUUUUAUCAUGUCUGCCCUUUCCCUCCUGCAUGAAGAUUAAAUUAACCUUUUCUGUAAGACACUUUACCUUACACCUUACCUUGAAAUACCUUACAUAAUAUAAACAUUCUAACAAUAUAUAACAUUCUUCAAACAUUCUACCUACAAAAAAGACGGCUAAUGUAUUCUCUUCUUCUUUAUAAAGUAAUUGUAUGAGCUUGCUGGUUUUUUUUCCUCUUUUCCUGUCUCUUAGGUCUCAAUAGAAAUGAUUUUGCAUUGCCAGAUUUGCUGCAGGAUACCAGUCCAUAAGCUCCUUGUGAUUCCCUCUAUAUUGAAUCUGAACUAGAAUAGUCAUUUCACAUAGGGUGCUUCUGGGGUGAUCCCUUUAAAAUAAUCAGAAUGGUUUGAAAAACCUUUGGCUUUAUUAAUCAUUACAGAAAAUAACAUCUGUUUUAGACAAUGUUUAUGUUCAUUUUGAACAUUAUAUAUGUCUCCUAUAUGCAUUAGGUUAGAUUUCUAUCUGUAUUUCUUCUGCUUUUUGGACAGUCUUUCUCAUAAUUCACUCAAAAUCAUAGCUAACAUAUAAUUUCCAAUCUUAAAAAUGAAAAGGGAAUGGAAAGUGUCUUUGCUAAUAAACCAACUAUGUUAGGUUAGUUCAUUUAGACAUCGAACCCACCUGAAUAAAACUUGUACCUCAUUCAGUGACUGGUUUUCAAAACCUUUGAUCAUACCUAUGAGAUGCUCAAUUAUGCAACCUAAAGCACAUGUACAUACAACAGUUUGUUUCAUUUUUUUGUCAAAGAUUUAAAAUGUCAACUUUAGGAGAGUUGUUGGCAGAUUCAGUGCUGAGAGAUGUAUGAUUGUUGUCAUGAUACAAAUUAAGUCUGUAAUGGACUGUCAGAUAGUUUUCCAAUGUUUGUAUAGUUUUGGAAAUCCACAUGCUUAGAAAGGUAAACUAAUCUUAAUCAUCAACUGCUCCUUGUCAAAUGUAUUUGAAGACCUUUUCAUAAAGGAACUGCACACACACACACCAGUGGACUUUUACAAUAAAAUUGCUGCACUCAAAUCUAUGGUGA